AUGGCUUCUCUGGACCUGCCCUACCGCUGUCCUCGUUGCGGGGAGCACAAGCGCUUCCGGUCGCUGUCCUCCCUCCGUGCCCAUCUGGAGUACAACCAUACCUACGAGACGCUCUACGUGCUCUCCAAGUCCAACAGUGUGUGCGACGCAGCUGCGCUACUCCCCCUGGUGGCCGACGGAGACCUUCUCCUCGCUCCUUCUGAGCGCCGCUUCCCGUGCCGCGAGCUUCCCUGCCCGGACGACCUCGGCGGUUUAUCCACAACUUCCAACGCCGCGGCUCGCUACAUCCCCAGUGUAGAGUUCCCCCUGGGGGAGAUCUUUGUGAAGAAAGCCAUGAGCGCAGCCGGGGACCCCCACGGUUCCCACGGCAACCAAAGCACGGCCGUGGCAGUGGCGGCGAAUGUGGCUGCGAGCGCGGUGGAGGCGGCCUAUGAGGAGGGCUUGGCCAGGUUGAAGGCAAGAGCCUUUGAGCGUCUGGAGCUGGACGAGAGGCUGGAGAAACUCUCAGAGGAGGUGGAGCAGAAGAUAGCUGCACGCGUGGGCCGGCUCCAGGCGGAGCUGGAGAGGAAGAGCGGCGAGCUGGAGCGGGCCAAGCAUGAGAGUGAGCGGCUGGGCCAGGAGAAACAGGACCUGGAGGACAAGGCGUCGGAGCUCUCCCGCCAGGUGGACGUUUCGGUGGAGAUGCUGGCCAACCUCAAGCAGGACCUGGUCAGCAAGGAGGAGGAGCUCACCCACAAACAACAGGAGGUAACCCAGAUAGACCAGUUCCUCCAGGAUACGGCGGCGCGGGAGGCCAACGCCAAGGUGCGCCUGCAGCAGUUCAUCGAGGAGCUCCUGGACCGUGCCGACCGCGCCGAGAAACAGCUGCAGAUCAUCAGCAGCUGCGGGACCACGCCCAACGGCAGCAUGGGACGCUGCAGCCUGCCCGGCUCCAACAAGGGCUCCAACAAUGGACGCCAGAGGAACUCCAGCAUCUCGGGGACGUCCAGGGGCAUGUACCAGGUCUCUGACCGACGAUCCUCUCCCAGCACCGGAGCGUCGGGACGGGUCAAGUCCUUCUCCCAGGGCUCGGGCGGGGGCUACGACAGCGGCGACAGCGUGGAGAUGCACCCCAUGGAAGAGUGCCCCGAGGGCCAGUACUACCACGUCCAGUGUCGGCUGGGGGAAGGGGGCGGACAGGGAGGGGGCGGACAGUGCUACGAGAGGGGCGGGGGGUCCCGGAGCUGGGGGCUCCGCAAGCAGGCCAUCCAGAACUGGCAGCGGAGACCCUACCGGAACAGCACGGAGGGGGAGGAGGGCGAGGAGGGUGACGUGUCGGACGUGGGCUCCAGGACUACCGAGUCGGAGGCGGAGAUGUGGGAGCAGCAGGAGAGGAGGGCCACCAUGGCCGAGACGCAGCAGUCUGGAGCGCCGAGACCAUCUGGAUACCGCCUAGGCACAGGACAGAGGCCAUUGAAACAUAACCUGUCCCGGUCCAACAACGAGGUGAUCAGCCCGGAGAUACUGAAGAUGAGGGCGGCUCUGUUCUGUAUCUUUACCUACCUGGAUACCAAGACCCUGUUGAGGGCCGCGGAGGUCUGCAGGGACUGGAGGUUUGUGGGCCGCCACCCCGCCGUGUGGACCCGGGUGCUGCUGGAGAACGCCCGCAUCUCCUCCAAGUUCCUGAGUACACUGUCCCAGUGGUGCACCCAGACCCAUUCCCUCAUCCUCCAGAACCUGAAACCACGACAGAGGGGCAAGAAGGAGAUCAAGGAGGAGUACCUCAAGAGCACACGGGGUUGUCUGGAAGAGGGUCUGGAGUCCUUGCUGAAGGCUACAGGAGGGAACCUGUUGAUCCUCAAGGUGUCUCAUUGUCCCAACCUGCUAACUGACCGCUCUCUGUGGCUCGCCAGCUGCUACUGCCGAGCCCUGCAGGCCGUCACAUACAGGAGUGCCACAGACCCUGUAGGACAGGAGGUGAUCUGGGCUCUAGGAGCAGGCUGUAGAGACAUUAUCUCCCUCCAGGUGGCACCACUACAUCCAUGCCAACAACCGGCUCGCUUCAGCAACCGAUGCCUGCAGACCAUUGGCCGAUGCUGGCCGCACCUCAGAGCCCUGGGCGUGGGCGGGGCAGGCUGUGGCAUUCAGGGACUAGCCUCGUUGGCGAGGAACUGCAUGCGUCUGCAGGUGUUGGAGCUGGACCAUGUGAGUGAGGUCAACCAGGAAGUGGCAGCUGAGGUGUGCAGGGAGGGUCUGAAGGGCCUGGAGAUGCUGGUCCUCACCUCCACCCCGGUCACCCCUAAGGCCCUGCUUCACUUCAACAGUGUGUGUCGUAACCUGAAGUCCAUCGUGGUGCAGAUCGGUGUAGAGGACUACUUCGAGGACCCCAACAGCCCUGAGGCUAGGAAGCUCUUUGACGAGAUGGUGAACAAGCUGCAGGGCUUGAAGAAGAGACCGGGCUUCUCCAAAAUUCUGCACGUGAAGGCGGACAUCCUCUGCUAA